AAGUUGACCCCUUUCCACCGGUCCGCACCCAUCGCAUAUCCGCAUCCACUUUGCUGAUCCUUCGAAGACCUAUACACCUUUGCCUCCUGAUUUGAUUCGCUAUGGCUCAGCAAGCGUACGGAUCUCCCCUCUUUUUCUCUUUUUUUUUUCCUUCAAAACGGCUCCUGAAGAGCCUCAAAGCUUCACGAUUCUGACCCUUUGAUAGCAGCGUAAACGUGAACGACCCUGGGCUGAUUACGCUUGUGAAUAAGCUACAAGAUGUGUUUGCAACGGUAGGGGUAUGUUUAUCCCCCUAUUUCUCCCAGCUUUCUUCCUUUCCUCGGGGGGAGAGCUUAUAUCGGCGCCCAGGUACAAAAUCCUAUCGAUCUACCCCAAAUCGUCGUGGUCGGAUCUCAGUCCAGCGGGAAAAGCUCUGUGCUGGAGAAUAUUGUCGGCAGAGACUUGUGAGUAAAAGGAGAUCAUGCCCUUUGUUGCUGGCGAUGGUGAUGAUAAUUUUUUUAGUCUUCCCCGAGGCACCGGUAUUGUCACCAGACGACCCCUCGUAAGGCAUAUAUCCACCCUGUUAGCUUUCAAGGACUAACUGAACAAUCGUAGGUUCUUCAACUCGUCAAUCGCCCCGCACCAGCUAGAGCAAAUGGAGCUCCCAAGGAGGAAGCUGAGAUGCAGUCUAGCGAUUCUGCAGCUAAUGUUGAUGAGUGGGGCGAAUUCCUUCACAUCCCCGGCCAGAAGUUUCAUGAUUUCAACAAAAUACGGGACGAAAUUGUGAAGGAGACCGAUGCAAAGACGGGCCGGAAUCAAGGGAUAUCUCCUCUGCCUAUCGGUCUCAGAAUCUAUUCGCCCAACGUUUUAACCUUGACUCUGGUGGACCUUCCGGGUAUAACAAGAGUUCCUGUUGGAGAUCAGCCGAAGGAUAUCGAGAGGCAGAUCAAGGACAUGAUUCUCAAGCACAUCACGAAAUCAAACUCUAUCAUUCUGGCAGUCACAGCCGCCAAUACCGAUUUGGCCAAUUCUGACGGUCUGAAGAUGGCAAGAGAGGUCGAUCCGGAAGGUGAGCAAGGUCUCCCUAGAAUGUGGCGGGCGAUUUACUGAUUGUGGAACGAUAGGUCAGCGAACGAUUGGCGUUUUGACGAAAAUCGAUUUGAUGGACCAGGGAACCGAUGUUGUUGAUAUUCUUGCUGGUAGAAUUAUUCCUCUGCGACUGGGAUACGUACCCGUUGUCAACCGUGGCCAACGUGAUAUUGAUUCCAAAAAGGCAAUCUCGGCAGCGCUGGAGCAUGAGAAGCGGUUCUUUGAAGAGCACCGCGCUUAUAGGAAUAAGCACACCUACUGCGGAACGCCAUAUCUGGCGAGGAAGCUGAACAUGGUAGACAGUCCUCUACCGCUUUCUAGCUCGCUUUCACUUGCUGACCGAGAGCCCUAUCGUGUAGAUCCUGAUGAUGCACAUCAAACAAACCUUGCCAGAGAUCAAAGCCCGCAUCUCCUCGUCCCUUCAGAAGUAUACCGCUGAGCUUUCCUCACUUGGUGACUCUUUGCUCGGGAACAGUGCCAAUAUCGUUCUCAAUAUCAUUACUGAGUUCUGCAACGAGUAUCGGACAGUUUUGGAAGGUAACAAUCAGGAAAUUUCUAGUAUCGAAUUAUCCGGUGGCGCACGUAUCAGUUUUGUUUUCCAUGAGCUGUAUGCGAAUGGCGUGAAAGCGAUAGACCCUUUUGAUUAUGUCAAGGAUAUUGAUAUUAGAACCUAUCUUUACAACUCCUCCGGCUCGUCGCCAGCCUUGUUUGUGGGGACGACUGCCUUCGAGCUUAUCGUGAAGCAACAAAUCAAGAGAUUGGAAGAUCCUAGCUUGAAGUGUGUUAGCUUGGUAUAUGAUGAAUUGGUCCGAAUCUUGACGCAGUUACUCCAAAAGCAGGUUAGUGCUCUACUAUGCACUCUAGACACCGUUCCGUAUGAUGCUUUAUUUUCUGAUUUUUAUUUUUUUUCCACCAGCUCUUCAGACGUUAUCCCAGUCUUAAGGAGAAGUUUCAUCAAGUUGUUAUUGCAUUCUUCAAGAAAGCGAUGUCUCCGACAAACAAGUUGGUGACUGACUUGGUCGCUAUGGAGGCUUGUUAUGUCAAUACCGGACAUCCGGAUUUCCUCAACGGCCAUAGGGUAAUUACUGAAUCCUCAUCCGGUGUUUGCUCUGCGUUUUUGGGCUGACCGGAUGUCAUAUUACAGGCGAUGGCUAUUGUGCACGACAGGCAUAAUGCUUCCAAGCCCGUCCAAGUCGAUCCCAAGACCGGAAAACCACUCCCUGGCGGAAGAGAUUCCCCCAACCCCCAGUCCUUGGAGUCUACACCUGAGGGAUUUUUCCAAAGCUUUUUCGCUAGCAAGAACAAGAAGAAGAUGGCAGCCAUGGAGCCUCCUCCAGCCACCUUGAAGGCAUCCGGCACGCUAUCUGAGAGAGAAACAAUUGAGGUUGAGGUUAUUAGUGAGUUUAUGUAUACUCAGCUUUCAGAAUGAUUUGCUGACCAUAGUUUAGAACUGCUGAUUAGUUCCUAUUACAACAUCGUGAGGAGAACUAUGAUCGACAUGGUUCCGAAGGCCAUCAUGCUCAACCUUGUCCAGUAAGUUUCCGGUACUUCUACUUCGAAAGCCGUCGGGAUCCGUGUUUAUUUAUGCUGAUCGCACACCAUUCACAGGUUGACAAAGGAAGAAAUGCAACGCGAGCUUCUUGAGAACCUCUACAAGUCUGAUGAGCUCGAAGCUCUCCUCAAAGAGAGUGAUUAUACUAUCCGGCGAAGAAAGGAGUGCCAACAGAUGGUCGAAUCCCUUUCGAGAGCUUCGGAAAUUGUAAACACUGUUGGUUAACUGCCCCUAUGAGGCUAUGGGUCUGCAUCUUGUUUUCGGAUAGACUGUUGGGACUGCUUUUUCGUGUGUGAAUGAGAAAGGGCGCGCAUUGCCAAUGACGGUCGGGCGGAUAAAUUAAAGAAAUGGGAGUUGGGGGAGAUUUUCAGAAUUUCGCGGAAUAUUGUAGACUUUUGUGGUUUCACUAUUUCGCACUCUUUUUCACUCUAAUUCCUAGGGAUAUUUCCCGGGUUCGCGGAAAAUGAUAACGUUUUAUGAUACCUCAAGCUCCUUUCCCUUAAAUGUUUUAUUUAUUCCUAUUGUGCUUGGAGCCCGCUUGCGGUAAUACUCUAAUUCUUAGCUAGCCUCAUGAAACCCUGGAGGUUAGAGGAUAUUCGGCUCCAAGUCCAAGGUUACGUGCAAAUUUUAAAUGCGGAUACUUAU